CCACAGCCUCUAUACUCAGUUGUUGCAUAUCUUGCAUUUAGCGCAACAUUUCGAUCGUUUCUCUAAUCCUGUCAUACUCGUGGCGGGAUCUCCAUAAACUAGAUACAGCCAGCAAUUGGUCUCGAUCCCAUCUUUACCCCACGUCUCUUAACGGAGUGAAUUUGUAUCCUGCAUUGAUUCCUAAUUACAUUAUACACUGAACUGAAUAUACCAAAAAUGAACCACCUUCUCAACUCACGGGCAGAAACAACUGCCCAUCUUUAUGCAGACCCUCACAACCCACAUCUGCACCUUGAGCGGGGACAGCUUCAUGAGCAAUUAGGAUACGCGGAUUUAGCGUCGGCGGAUGCAUAUCGUGCUCUCUCGCUGUUGGAGUCAGUCGUUGAUCCCGAUGGAUGCGAGUUCCAUGCUCGACGGAAGCUAGAUGUUCAAGACCAAACGGAAAAGGCGGCCGAGACAGAGAAUGGUGAUGAUGAAGAUGACGAUUUGUAUGCCUCUACGACGCAAGAAGAAUAUGACGAUAUGAUCGGGACUGUGUAUGCGUUGCUUGUUCGGAGUUUGGUGAACUGUAGGUGCUACAGAGAUGCGUAUGAAUUCUGCGUGCGUGGUCUGUCGUUACUUGAAAAUAUGGAGAAGCAAGAUGAGAAAGCCUUGGAUACUCUCAAGGAGCAGAUGACUGCAAUCAAGAAGGUUUACGUUUUCCAGCGGCCAGACUCGCUAAAUGGUGUUGAAAAUACCGAGAUCGACAUCAACCCCAGUGCCCUGAAUGCCCAGGGCUUCGCUCGCAGGGUUCUGUACCCCUGGAAUGAGCACGAGCCAGACAGAAAGGCACCCAAGACGCUCCAACUACUCAACGACCGACUAAAGGACAUUGCCCCCAAGUGCGAGGUGCGAGCCGUUGCUCUUCCCGCCUUGCACGGUACCACCGACGAAGGAACGUCAUCCGAAGAAGGCGAAGUCUCAAUCCAACUCGGCCUCUUCGCCAAAGAAGACAUCGCCCCCGGCGAGAUUAUCCUCCGCGAGAGCUCCCUCCUCACAGCCACCAACAGACUCCAUGAUGACCUCUGCGACGCCUGUAACGCCCCGCUCCCGGACCUGGCGUCCGAGAAACCCCCGGUCGCCUGUACAGGCUGCGACGACACAAUCUUCUGCAGCCAAGCAUGCCACGACCAAGCACAAAAAGCCUAUCACGGCGCCGUCUGCGGCCUCAUGGAGAACCUCGAAUCCAUCGGCAAAGACAUCCCCGACCCCAAAGACAAAGCCGAUUACCUGUACCUGCUUCUCCUGGGCCGCGCUAUCGCCAUGGCAGCAACGCAGCACGUGCAUCCACUCGACCUCCCCGAGAUCAAGUACAUCUGGGGCGACUUCCACGACCUCGGGGACUCAUCUGCCGACUCGGCCGCCUCCGACGACCCCACCGCCACUCUCCCCUUCUCCUUCCACCUCAAUAUUCUCCAGCCUAUGCGUAUCCUCGAAGAAAUGGAACUGGACCCUUAUGAGAUUCUCCCCCUUUAUGAUACCUGGGUGCUGAAUACGCUCUAUGCUAAGUUCCGCGGUACUGCUUCUGGUCGGUUGUCUACCUGGGACGGUGGCCCGGAGCUUUGCGCCGUGCAUCCGCUCUGGUGUCUUGCGAAUCACUGUUGUGAUCCAAAUGUGAGGUGGGAGUGGGGUGGUGAGAUUACCUUCCGGGCCAGAACGGAGCCUGAACGCCCGGUUUGGAAGAGAAUUGGGACCGGCGAGGAGAAAACGCCGUCUCGGAAUGAGGGGAUCAAGGCUGACGAGGAGAUCUUGAAUCAUUAUUGUGAUAUUGGACUGGAUGUGAAGGAGAGGCGGGAGUGGGCGCGAGGCGCAUUGGGCGGUUGGUGUUUGUGUCAGAGGUGUGUUUGGGAGGCUGCGGAGUAGAACCCUUUAUUGUUCCUUUGGGGGGAUUCUACACGGGAGAAUUAGACGGGUUGGAUGGCUGAGUGAUACCCUAGAUCUGAUAGAUGUUG